AUGAGAACUAGACUACUAGCCAUACUCCUCAUAAUCGGCCUGCUAUCUUUCAGUAAGUGUGAGGACGUUCAGAUUGGAGGUACUGAGGGAGAUUCGCAAGGCGAAUCUACUAGUAUCAACAAAUGAGAUCCUGAUCUUCCCAAUCUGAGCGUAGGAGAUCAUAACGUCACAGAAGAUUUUGACCUCAAAUAUUACCAAGACAAGUUCGAAGUCUUCAUCCUCGCAGUAAGUGACUCAGAUUGAGAAGAAUGCUGCCAUACAGAAGUUAUGCUAAAAAGCAUCCAUGAGAGCUUAGCCAAUAAAUCUGUUGGGUAUAAAAAUAUGGAAAUCCCAAUUAUCAGGAUGGAUUUUGCAAAAUUCAAAGAUACUGUAGCUCCUGAAGACCUAUUUGUCAACAGAGUUCCAAAGACCUUUGUCUAUUUUAAACAUAAGUACCAUCCUUUCGAAGAGUUUGACAAUGAGAGGCUCUUCCUUCAUUUCCUGAACAGGUUGUUCUACCCAGUGGUCAUCUUGAAGACCAAGAAAGAUGUGAAUAACUUUUUGAAAACAGACAAAGAAUGGAUUGAAAAUACUCCAUUCUACAAUGGCAACUAUAUUUCAAUAGGAGAGUUCCUUCCACAGUACACGAAAAUUACACGUGUUAUAGCAUUUGUAUCUGAGAAAUCUGAAUACAAGGAAGAACUAAAGACUCUUGCAGAGGAUGCGAGAGAUCUCAGCCUCAGAGAAGACCUUAGAAUCGCCAAGAUUACUAAUCCCAAGAUAGUCUCCGAAUUCAAGGAUAAGCAUGAAGAGUGGUUUGGCGAUAUGUCUUCAAACUCAAUAGUGGCUGUUGUUAAAGAUGCAGAUGAUAAAUCUGCCAGAAGUGAGUAUUAUGACCUCAGUAUUGAUACUGAGCUGUUCCCCCUCUGGAUCAACAGAGUUAGUCUACAGCCUGUUGAGUUGCUCACUGGUACUUCGAUAAAGAUCAUCAACAUGAACCAGAAAGCGAUGUUUACUGCUUUUAUUAAUAAAAAGAGCUCCAAGAUUGGCAAGAAGUCAAAAGACUUGGUGAAAAGAUUGAAAGAAAUUGCUAAGGAUUAUCCUCAUUAUCAGUUCACAUACACUGAAGAAAGCACCUUCAAGGAGAAGAAGGCCGAUAUUGGAAUCACCUGGAAUGAAGAGCCAGCCUUAGCUUACUUCAAUUUCUUAAACCAAGAUAAGAAAAUGGUUUUCCCUCGUAAGCAGCCUCUGAGUAAAAAGAAUCUUAAGGCCUUCUUUGACGCAUGUUGGAAUGGGAAAAUCGAAAACAAUGAGCUUGACCUGCCUGAUAAAAUCAGAAACUUUGAUAAAAACAUGAAGAAUGCUACAAAGCUUACCUUAGACAACGUAGAUGACUUCCUCAAUGCUGAGCAUAAAGACAAAAUGGUACUAAUUUUCGAUUCCUCCAAGGACUUUGACCAAGGCAAGCGAGUAUCCCAAUUCUUUGGCAAGGCAGCUACUAGAUUCUUCGAACUUGAGCUUCAAGAUAACAUCACAUUGGGAUUCUUUGAUACAAGCUUGCAGAGUUUGCCAGACUCUUUGGAGGAGUACACAGACCAGCCAUGAUAUGUCUUCUUCCCAUACGAUAAAGAACCAAUGGAGCCAAUCCCUGCUGACAAGUUUGUUGUCCAGAAGAUGAUGAAGUACAUCAACAAGCAUGCGCAUACUCAUUUCGAACUGUCCACAUUUGCUCAUAUGUCCCCGCACGAGUACUCUCAGAAUAAGCUCGGAAAGAAGGUCACUGCUGAUCAUGUUAUCAAACUAGAAGAAAAGAGAAAACUUGCUGAUAAAGAUAGAGAUGCUAUGUAUGAAAUCAAAGAUGAUCUUUAA